AUGUCUGCCAUGGAAGAAGAUACCAAAGACGAAGGGGCGUUGCUUGAGCAAUUAUCUUCUGUGUUAACUGAACUCCAAGAAAACCCAUACGACCUUGCCAAACAUUAUGAACAUAUUCGGCUGGCUAGUUCGCUCCCUGGCAUGGAGGAACAGGCUAUCUCAGCCAGGGAAAUGAUGAUUGAAACAUGGGCUUCCUCAGAAGAUGUAUGGCUACCCUUGCUCGAUCACAAGAUUGCUGCCGCUGGAAAUCUAACAACUGAAGGCUUUAACGAGAUAACCACAUGGUUCGAAAAAGCCGAAGCGGAUUAUUUCUCCAUCGAAAUCCUACGCAAGCACAUGGAGUUCAUCCUCAACGCUUCCACAUCCGGUAGUGAUGAAAUACAAGCGUUUCUGACACGCGAUACAGUCCGAGAGCUAUUGAAAGAAAUAGUACUAAAAGGGUCGGGGCAUAUAACCAAGUGCAAUAUUCUAUGGGACAAAUGGAUUGCUUGGGAGAUGGAAUGUUUCUCGGAUUCAUCUCAUACUCCAGAAGACGUUGCACGCGUACAGGCCACUCUCCUCUCCCGACUUCAUACCCCUCAUUCUGGGCUUGACAAUGCACUACAAGAAUAUUCCACCUUUGUUUCAACCCAUCUACCGGAUUCCAGUUAUGAGGAGCUCCUAGUAGCAGCAAGCAAAGCUAGAAGCGAACCCCAGAAGAAGUUUGGAUGGCGCGAACGAUGGGAAACGUCCAUUCAGCAAGCUGAAGAUUCUCCAGCAAUUUAUGCUCAAUAUAUUGAUUACGAAUGGAGGCGACCUGACCCUACUUUUUUGGUCCCAUUAUAUGAACGAGCAAUCGCGGCCACCGCUGCGCGAAGAAUGGAGCCUGGCGGGGAGGAAACACUACAGAGGUUUUGGGCGGGAUUAUACAAGGCUGUGCAAAAAUCUGCAGAAAUGAGGGCAAAGGCUAUGCACAUCAAACGUUCGAAGAAAAAACGUGAUGAGGAUAUGGACGAAGAAGUAUUGGAGGAUCUUGAGGAUAUUCAAGUACGCGCAACUCUAGUUGUGAUGCGGGCGAUACGGAGCGUCCCAUUCUCAAGCUCUAUCUGGGCAUCACAUAUCUUGAAUGCAGGUACAUCUGCCACAAAUGACGCCACAGCCACCAUGGCUUCUGUAGACGUAUUAACUGAUCGUGCGUUGACGCUCCUUCGACUAAAAGGUGCCGAUAGUGAGGCGUUCGUUGAAGUUGGGCUCGCAAGUGCGGACGCACUAAAGGUACGCCUUCAAACAGAGGAUGGAGCCGAUGAAACUAUAUUUGGGGGUAUCGUUACCACUCUUCCAAAGUGCAUAGAUGCGGUUCGCCAAGCCAGCAAGGAUGGCGAUAGACUUUUGCGGCUUGAACAGUACCUAUAUGCGGCAUACACAAGACUUAUUCAAGGCGCCGAUUUCGGAGAAUUGGCGGUCGAUCUAUUGAAAACCACCGAAGAACAUUACAAGGGUAGCUAUUUGGCAUGUACAUUGCGAGCCACGGACCUAAUUCAACGCGGUGAAGUGGUCCAAGCACGCGAUGUCUACAAACGUGGUGCAAGCCGACCGUUGGACUGGCCAGAACAAGUGUGGGAUAAUUGGAUUCUGUUCGAACACAUAUUUGGGGACCAGUCGAGUCUUGAGGCCGCGCAAGAGGUUGUCGACAAGCAAAGGGCAAUCGUAAUGAAGAAGCGUCAAAAGGAAGCUGCGAAAGCUGCAGAAGCUUACGCUGCUGCCAAUCCUGUUGCUACUACCACCGAAACUGAAGCCGUCGAAGAUCAACCUCAAGACGAAAAUGUAAUGGACGUCGAUGAAGGAAUACAAGAUAAUCGAAAACGCAAGGCCGAAUCCCCGAUCAUAAAACGAGUUGCACAGGAACCCACUCAAAAGAAGGCCAAGGCUGAUACCACGACACUGAAGAGGGACCGAGAGAAUAGUACCGUUUUCGUGACUGAUAUGCCCGCAGGAAUUGAUCAAGAGGAAAUUCAACAACUCUUCCGUGAUUGCGGUGAGAUUCGAGAAAUCAAGAUUAUGCAAGUUGAAAGCGAGCCUAUUGUGACCGUAGAAUUCAUGGACCGAGAAAGCGUUCCUGCCGCCUUGACAAAAGACAAAAAGCGACUCAACGAUACUGAAAUCAGUGUUCAUCUGGCUUGGAAAUCAACACUGUACAUAACUAACUUCCUCGAGAGUACCGACGACGCCGAGAUUCGCAAAAUGUUUUCACCGUUUGGGAAAAUUCUCGAUGUCCGAUGGCCCAGUAAGAAAUUCAAAACGACUCGUCGGUUUUGCUACCUGCAAUACACAUCGCCUGCAGCAGCCCAAGCAGCGCUCUCGCUCCACAACAAAGAACUAGCCCCCAACCAACGAAUGAGCGUGUAUAUCUCCAACCCAGAGCGGAAAAAAGAACGCACAGAUGCCGGGGCAGAUCAACGUGAGAUAUACAUCGCAGGUCUAUCGAAACUUUCGACCCGUGCCGACUUGGAGCAGCUGUUUGGUCAAUUUGGGGCGAUCAAGGAGAUUAGGAUUGCUACCGAGACAGACGGGAGCGCCAAGGGUUAUGCAUUUUCAUCGGCAUCUCAGGCGUUGAGUAUGAACAACCAUGAACUCAAGAAGCGUAGAAUUGCCGUGACGAUCGCUGACUCCCGUGUUCACGCAAAGCACAAGAAUGACGAACACGCCGGUCUAUCCCGCAAAGCAGAACAGCGCACCCGCAGCCUACGUGUCAAGAACGUCCCGGCAGAUGCAACCGAUGGGCUCUUGCAACAGACCUUUGAAAAGCUGGCGCCUGUUGUGAGCGUGCAGGUUCAAGAGGGAAAGGGCGAGGCGGUUGUGGAACUGAAGCAUGCCUCGGACGUUGGGAAACUGUUGCUCCUCACUGAGCCAAUUACGUUCAACGGCGUGGCCCUGGGGCUUAGUGAAGAGUCUGCAAGCAAGGCGCCCUCCAAACCUAACGCUGCGUUCGUACCUCGCGCUGCUGGAUCCAGGCCCCGAGCAGGAUUGGGGAGCAAAAAAGCCGGAAUCGGGGCCAUCUCUGCAUCAAAUCCACCACCAGCCUCAGUUCCAGCUUCCGCUUCGGCUCCUUCGGCAGGAGGUAGCGGAAAGAAUCAAGAUGAUUUCAGGAACAUGCUCUUGGGGAAGAAGUAA